UUUGCUUUCAAUUUCCAUCAAUCUUUUGUGAACUCGUAACGAACACUUUUUCGCACAUUUCUACACAACAAUUGUGGCAGGGGCAGUUGCGGCAUGUUGAAAAAUUCUCUUGUCUCUGUGCUUAUUGCCUGUCUAAUCAGCGCCACAUCUUUGUUUUAUGUGGCGCAGGCUGCCAGUCUGCGAAAUGCUCAGCCACGUCUAACCCUGUCCAUGGCUUCGCAGUCGCGCAGUGCCAUGCAAUCGAUGCGAGAGUUUGCCCUGUACAUGGGCCCCAAAGGAUUGCCGGUGGAAGCCGAGGAGCAAGCGCGCCAGCGCGCCAUGGAUGUUCCCUUUCUAACCGCAGGACAACGGCAACUGCUGGCCGAGGAUGAAGAGUUUCCCUUGGAUCUGCGCAGCAAAAUGCCUGAGUUUCAGGCGAAGGAAAAUGCUGGCAUCAAGUGCCGAAGGAAGAUCGAUGGGGAAGCUGGGGAUUCAGGCUUUGAGGUCUGCACUGCCACAGAUGAGGCUGCUGCAGCUCCUUCGAUUGUGAUUCAUUUGGUGUGUUCAAUGCUGAUUGUCCCGCUGCUAACUUAACAAUUAUAAAUUCCGUUUG